AUGGCGGAUAUACAGAAAACUCCCUUUGUGAGGGAGCUCGCCUCGAGCGACCGAAAAAUCCGGGACAAGGCUCUCGAGUCAUUAACACUAUUUUUGCGCUCGCGCACCGAUUUGACCCUCCUGGAUCUGCUGAAGCUGUGGAAGGGCCUGUUCUUCUGUUUCUACCACUCCGAUAGACCUCUUACCCAACAAGCUCUCGCCCGCGCUCUCUCCUCUCUCGUCCCGUCUCUCCCGCCCUCCUCGGUACAUCGCUUCCUCCGCGCGUUUUGGAUUACCAUCGGGCGGGAUUUCCACUCGCUGGACCGGCUGCGGCUGGACAAGUAUCUGUUUCUGAUUCGGUGCUAUGUCGGGGUUGCAUUCGAGAUCUUCGUGAAGAACGGAGGCAAAGGAUCAGGAUCGAAAGAGGCGAACGGCGACGGGAAAAAGCGCAAGAGAGAAGACGCAGGGAAGCAGGGCAGUCGUGGGAAGAAGCACAAGAAACAGGCCGAGGGUAGUACACCUGCCACGGAACAAGAGAACGAUGACGACCAAAAACAAUCAGAAGACGACGCUAAGUGGGCGGAUCUCUCGGCGUAUAUCGCCAUCAUCGAGGAGGGCCCGCUGUGCCCGGUCAACUUCGACCCGGAUCAGCCUUCUAAGCCCGUCGCCGACGAGGAGGACCCGAACUCCGUUCCUAUGCCGCAUGGCCCGGACGGGCUGCGCUACCAUCUCAUUGAUCUCUGGGUCGACGAGCUGGAGAAGGUCCUAGAGUUUGAGGAGCUCGGGGAUGAGGGCGCCGAGGCUGAGAACAGCGAUGGCGAGCCAGUCCAAAACCGGAAGAUCAAGGGCGAUGUGCCUAUCGAGCUUCUGCUACGGCCGCUGGAGAAGCUGCGCACCGAGAGUCCUUACAAGCCUUUGCGGACGCGGGCUGCAGAGGCGUUAGAUGACGACCGGUUGGUGGAGUGGGGAGUCCGGACUCGCAAGGUCGAGGAAGACGAGGAGGAGAGUGAGCAGGAAUGGGGUGGUUUCGGGGACGAUUGA